AUGACACCUCCACACACCCAGAAGACCGCGAGAAAGGCGAAGCCUAGGACGAACCCAGAUCAGCAAUUCGUCGACCAAGACAGUCACGAAUCCCUCAUCCGCUCCGGCACUGCAGAAUCCGGUAGCUUCACGACCGAGAAUGCUUCCAUCAAUACCGUCACGACUCCCUCCUCCGCUCCCGCACUGCAGAUGUCCGGUAGCUUUACAACUAAGGAUGAGUCCAUCAAGACCGUCCCCAAUUCCUCUACCGCUCCCGCAGUGCAUCGUGAAUCCCUCAUCCUGUCCGGUAGUGCAGCUAUGAGGUGGCUUUACAACCAAGAAUGCGUCGUCCAAUACCGCCGCGAAUCGCUCUGCCGAUUGGGUGGCUCAGUUAUCAAGCUACUAGAAGAGGAGGCGGUUGGCGAAGGAGAGGGUCAGGGAGGCGGCGUGGCGCGCCGAGACGAAGAGAUUGCGGAUGGCGAAGUGAGGGAGGACGAUGAGCACACAAAGGUUCUAGUGGCGGAGCACAUCCGCCAGAAGUACGCGUGCCUGGCGUUGGCUGAGCAGGAGAGUGCGAGGAAGCACGAGGAGCACACCCAGGCUCUCGUCGCGGAGCACCUCCGGCAGAAGCACGCACAGCGCGCUUACCAGGCCGCCGCCGCCCGUCUCGCCGCCAUGCUCCCUGAGCAUCUUCAGAUGGAUACCGGCAGCAAUGCCACCGCUGCCCACUAUGACGCUCCGAUUGACCGGGAGGAGGUCAACCGGAGGAUCGUAGCGGAGCGGAUGGCGGCCUUGCAGCCGGAUGAGGGUAGCGUGGUGCGGACUGUUGUGGUGGCUGCCCUGGUGGUAGCGGUUGGCGUCUGGUUGUGGUAGGGGGAUGGGGGCAAGGCAGGGCAGGAGGGGAG